UAUAGAAUGGUUUCCUGUUCUUCCGACGAGGCCGCAGUCGCUUGCACAUAUCAUCACGCAUUAAGUUUUCAAUUAUGAACCUCUCAAUAACGUUAUUGUGCACGAUCGUUAUUGGAAUAUCCCAUCUGACAAGUAAGACUUUAUAAUAUUAUUAUCGUUUAUAGAUUUAAUUUUACAAUAAUAUUUCGCGCAGGUAUACAUCGCAAUAUCAAUAUAAUUUAUUAUCAUAAUAAAACCGUACCGAUUGGUAACCGAAAAAUCGUUUUAAAUCCUUCAAUACAUUCCGCGUUCUCGAGGGAUUUUAUUUUCGUCAAUUCUGUGCCCGGAGUGGAACGCAAUGGUUAUACUAUGAUGUUUCUUCCCCCCACCCCUUCCACCCGUCUGUUAACGACACGAUGAAAAACCUCGGAAAUAUCGGCCCAACCGAAAAACGUCUAGGAACUAUCUUGUAACAUUUUCGAUCAAUCGACGCGUUCGAAGAGUAAGUUUUUUCGAUUUUCUUUCUUUGCAUCGUCUUCCGAAUGAUCGGAGAAAACCGGAAAAUAUGUUGUUGCUUUCGUUUUAUAAUUACCACGGGCACAAGGGGAAAAACACGACUAAUACACUACUCCGCUCAGAAUCGUUUUGUUCGUCUACAAAUGAUUUAUCGUCGCAUACAGGGGUGUACACACUAAAUUUCCUUUUACAUCCUACCUAUUUUUCGUAUGCAUAUACAUUUUACCCGGUCAUUAACGUUUCCGCGGCAUCCGCGACGGCGUACAAGGUACUUUAUAAUAUAAUAUUUUCUGUUUCUGCACCAAUAGCCCUAACCGAACACCCGUUUUAUUGUUUUUUUCAAAUUAGUAUUUACAGUUUGGUCGUAAAAAAUAUUUUGGAAAAAUUACAUUUUAACACCCACUGCGCGGCGUCCGCCGCCGUCUCAAAAAUAAUUGUAUUCACUUUCACCGUCUACCGCGCGGCCCGUCCGCGCCGUCGUCGCACCGUAACGACGAAAACGGGAACGCCCGGCGGCGGCGUAGCUAAACAAAAAUUUAUUUCGAUUCGUUUUCCAUUUCAAUAUUAAAAAUCCAAUCGUUUGUUGAAAUUGUCCGCUUUGCGCAGAUGGCCAAUUCCAAUGUCCCGCGAAAAACGGCCAAUACGAGGAUUCGAAGCAAUGCGACAAAUUCUACGAGUGCAAAGACGGCGUGGCCACGGCGAAACUGUGUCCGGACGGAUUGGUGUUCGACCCGUUCAACCGGAAAGUGAACAAAUGCGAUCAGCCGUUCAGCGUGGAUUGCGGCGAUCGUACCGAACUCCGUGAGUUAAAAGUCCAGUUUUGUUUUAAUAAUUAUACAUAAAUCGUCGGCAUUCCAACUUGAAAUUAUCGACUUUUUUUCCUCCAUCCGCGCGCAGAAAACCCACAGCCCAACUAUUUGUGCCCGAGACGCAACGGAUACUUUGCCCAUCCGGAAGAGAAAAUCUGCAACAUAUUCUACAACUGUAUCGAGGGUGAAGGCACGGAAAUCGUGUGCCCCAACGGACUGCAUUUCGACGAGUACGCGGGAACUUGCGCGUGGCCGGAAACGGCCGGCAGGACGGGAUGCGGAGAACCGGACGAAAGUAAAAAAAAAAAACCCGACUAAAACAUACUGAUAAUAUUUGUUUUAAUUUUUCACCCGAUUGAAUUCUAAACGCAAUUUGUUUUCCGCUUUUUGUCGCCGUUUAUAGUGAAACUCAAAGACGGUUUCAUGUGCCCCAAAGAAAAGACACACAACAGCCGGGGCCAGAACGUGGCGCAUCCCGUAUACGCGCACCCGGACGACUGUCAAAAGUUUUACGUGUGCCUCAACGGCAUAACUCCACGGGAACAGGGAUGUUCGACGGGCGAAGUUUUCAACGAGGAAUCCCAAAAAUGCGACCAACCCGAAAACGUACCCGGAUGGUGAGUUGCUGUAUACCUGCUCGAUAUUACGUGUUAUUGAUAUCGCGGGCCGGGGAGUUUUUUUUGUUCCGAAUCGGUCGACGACUGCAGCGCUUUUUCUAGACGACAAUCGUCUCUAGCCCGGAUUCGUCGGAGAUGAGAGAUGAUUUUUCGUUUUCUAUGUUACUCGUAGUUUUCUUAAUAUCUUUCCCGGGGAAAUUCACGCAGUAAUGCAGUUUUCGUUAUUUUCGAUUGUGUUGCGGUGUUUCGUUUGGUGAAUUAAACAUUACCGUUGGGACCGGGACAUUGCACACGCUUAAUAGCGAAGGGCGAACGUGUUAAAUAUUCGACCUUAUUCUAAUUGUUGAGAGUGUUUUUUUAGUUUAUAUUCGGCUUUACACGGACAAAAUAUCGGACCGAAUAAAUGUUCGAAAAUUUACCAGGACAUUCGUCAUAAUUUAUUUAUUUCAUUUUGUUUUCAGCGAAAAUUGGUUCAAAGACGACCCGCAAGUGCAGCAACAACAGCAGACGAAAAACAAAAAACAAUAAAAAAAAAUGUACGGAAUAAAGAAACACCGUUAUUUAAAUAAUUAUACAUAAUAUACUGAAAUAAAAUGUUAUUAUUAUGUGUAUACAUAUAUAUAUAUAUAUAUAAAUAUUUAGUUUACUAUAGGAUAUUGUAAUAUUUUUAUACUCUACCUAAGUCAAAACUAGAAGAAAAAAAAAAUAAAAUAAAAACAACCAUUAUUGUUAUAAAUUGAUAAUAAUAUAAUAUAUUAUUUUGUCGUGCUAAAUAAAAAUUAAAUUUAUU